AUGGCCACUCUCCACAUUGAUCCUACUCAGCUAUCUUUCGAACGACCUCGCACUAGGCGGUAUAUUAUUGCGUCAUAUUGGCUAGUCGUACUGUUUGCAAUCCCUUUGUGGUGGAAGACGACUAGCAUCGACCGACUGUCUCUACCCACUUCUCGCGUCUAUGCCCAACGGAAACGAGAGGUAUCGUUUCCUAUCACAGUCAAUUUGGAAACAAAAGAUGGCGGAAACGCAGCGGCCAUCGCGAGAGAGGUGCAGUCUUGCCUCCGGAUGGACCAAGCCGUGCAGCAGGGGAGUGCCAUUGACAUUACGGUGACGUCUGGAGACAAGUCAAAUGCCUCAUACAACGUCGUCCUCAAUCGAGGCAACCAUGAGCCAUCCGCUGAAGGCAGGCGGCUAUAUUUCGACAUGUACCCAGAGGACGACCAACUAUCGCACGACACUUCUGUAGCGAGGCUAGCGAGCACGCUGAGCGAACUCCUAGCUCCUUACGGCACGUACUCCGGCUCCGCGAUACAGUCGCAGCGUGUCAUGAAAUAUGCCCCACGUUAUCGGCUCGCCUUCACGCUUCUCAACGAAGACGCAGCUAGCGGAAAUGGCGCUCUUGCCUGGGACGUUCAGAAGGCCAUCCAGAGACAUGUAUCUCCCUUGCUCAACAAGCUGUCUGUCUUGCACAACUUCACAAUCGAGAGCCAAGUACAAUUCCACGCUCCUCUCGCAUUCGAGCCUCGGUAUAUCCAGCAAGACGGCGGCGACGUGCACGGUCUCACCCACGAAGACUUGACCGUCUUUGUGAACUCCGCAGAAUGGACAUUGUCAUCAAGCGCCUCCAACGACCCCGUCAUCCACUUCGUCCUCUUCAUCCCCUCCUCCAAGCAUAGCCCUCUACACAUUUUGGAAGAGGACGGUGUCUCCGUCAACCCGUCCAACGCCUUUCUCCUUCCACAAUGGGGAGGCAUCGUCCUCCACAAUCCCUCUCAUCCUCCCUCAUCCACGCUCAACCCCCUCCCGCGCCUCGCCCUAUCCGACCUCGACCUCAUCUUCAACACCUUCGCCUACCAGCUCCUCACCCUCCUCGGUGUUCCCGGACUGCCUCCACGCGUUCAAUCCGUGUCAGCCGCAGAAGGCGCCCCGCCGGAACCGUUCACGGAUUGGGAGCUCGACGCGCUCCUGCGGCGUAGAGCUGUCGAAAACGUCUGGGGUAGCACGGAGACGCUCGAGAGCAUCGUCCGGCUCGUCGACCAGAUCGAGGGCAUGCCCGUCGGCCCAGACGUCAAGGGAGACGUGCAGGAUGCGCUCUCGGCCCUGGAUGACGUGCACGAAACAUCCCGCUCCUCGCCGAUCGCAGCGCUCAAAGCCUCCGCGCGCGCACUCACCCUCUCCUCCCGCGCGUUCUUCAAUCCUGGCAUGCUCGCCCUGCUGUACUUCCCCACGGAGCACAAGUACGCCGUAUACACGCCACUCUUCGCGUCCGUCGCCGCGCCGCUCGUCGGCGCAGUUCUCCGUGAGAUCGCGGCGUGGCGGCGAGCACGGAAAGCGGCGCAGGCGCAGCAGCAACAGCAGCAGGAGAGGAGACCUGGGGAGCGUGCAAAGGUCGACUAGAUGGCUAGUACGCUACAUUCAUAUCAGACCUCGGAGGAUCAAUGAUUGCUCGGACACGCUUCCUCUCGCCACCGUUCGCAGCGUAAAUUAAAUAUCGAAGGAGACCUAUCAAUACCAGAAGGUACGUACAAAACAUUCACAAUCCAAUCAACACUAGCGAGCCUGCAUAUCGUACAAUGCGCGUCCUGCGCAUCUCAUUCUGCAUCUUUGUGCGCGUGCGGUGGGUCCGUGUCCCUUGCAGCGUCUGCGCUCAGAGCGCCUUCUGCGACACGUUCACCUUCUGAGCCGUCUUCUUCGCAGCUUCCGUUAGUGACCCCGUGUCGCGCGUGUCCCUUCCCUGCGACUGGCGCGACGUCAUCGAGUAGAACGCAAGCGUGCCCGCGGCUACAACAGCGCCUGCUACCACGAACGCUUUGCUGGUAGGCCUAGGGGCCUUCGGGGGCCCGCUCGCGCCACCGGGGGGCGGUCUGUUCGCGCCGUAUCCCUUGUAGUCUGGGCCGCCUCCAUGGUAGUUCGGACUCGUGUUCAUGGUGGGCAAGCAGGCGUCGACGACGGAUGUU